AACAAUAAUUUAUUGAUAUCUACUGUUUUUCAUAUUUUGAGAAUUUUUUAAUCAGAACCUCCUCUCAAAACCAAAAAUAAAAGGGUUACAAUUCAGAAUAACAUGGCCCAACUAAGCCCAAAUUAAUCAGGCCCAAAACCUUCUUCACCAUUUGCGACAAGAAGAAGCAAGCACAGGGCUCUGAAUCGCUCCGACAGAAACCCUAAUCAAAUCCCGCGGCGGUGCGAUCUAAAUCUCCGGGAACCAAUGGCCAAUCUCCGAGGCCUCCUGACAAACGUAUCCUCCUAUUGCCAACGCUCCUUCUCCCAAAUCAAAGCCCCGAACUAUCUCAAUCAAAUCCAAACCCGACAAAUCUCGACGACGCUUACCAAACCGGCGUCGAAGCACAGCGGCACGGAGCAAGGAGUGAAGCGAAACAGCGCCGACCACAGGCGCAGGCUGCUCGCGGCGAGGUUCGAGCUGAGGAGGAAGCUCUACAAGGCGUUCUGCAAGGAUCCGGAGCUUCCCAGCGAAAUGAGGGAGAAGAAUCGGUACAAGCUGUCGAAGUUGCCGAGGAACAGUGCGUUCACGAGGAUAAGGAACCGGUGCGUGUUCACUGGUCGGUCUAGGUCCGUGACGGAGCUGUUUAGGAUGUCGAGAAUCUGUUUCCGUGGGUUGGCGAAUAAAGGUGAAUUGAUGGGUAUCAAGAAGUCGUCUUGGUAGUGGUAUGUGAGUGAACCACAAGACAGCAAGGAAUCAAAAGCUGUUGUUUAAUGUUGGUGUAAUCCAUUACAGAACUUAGUUUGCUUAUAACACAAAGUGCUGCUCUUUUGUUUAUGAUCUCGUUCAGGAUUAUGAAGUUAUUCUAGCAGAUUCUCGUUGAAUAAGAUAAACACCAUGACAUACUUUUCAGCUCUUGUUUUGCUAAGUGUUGCUCUUUUUUUAUGAUCUCGUUAAGGAUUUGUGAAGUUUCUUUG